GCCAUAGUUUUCACUACAAACAGUGCUGUUUUGCGGAAACGCAACGUGAUAGACUUUUUUGCACAUUGUACCUGAAAAUUUUACUACAGUCAUAGAAAUAUCACACUUAUUCAGAUGAUUUUUGUUUAAUAUUUUGGAAGACUGUGAAUAUUUUGUAAGAUGGCUGGACAAUCUUUUAAUCCAGAAUCAUUUGAUUCUGACUUUGACAACUCAAAUUUGGGUAUUGCUGUACAUGCGAUGGACAUGAAUGCACCUCAUCUUCGGAUUAUUGAACAACCAAAGCAGUAUGGUUUUCGUUUCCGGUACGAGUGUGAAGGAAAAUCUCACGGUGGAAUUCCUGGAAUGAGUAACGAAAGAGGAAAGAAAACUUAUCCCUCUUGUGAGAUUGUGAACUACAAAGGGCUCGCUAGGAUAGUUGUGUCAUUGGUAACUAACGAGGAGAUGCCUCGGCCUCAUGCCCACAGCCUAGUUGGAAAGCAUUGUACCAAUGGAAUCUGCUCUGUACAAGUCGGAGCUAGCGAUAUGACAGCAAGUUUCCCUAACCUUGGAAUUUUACACAUAACAAAGAAGAAUGUGAUCCCGAUCCUGAAAAAACGCAUGUUUGACUACCAGGAGACGUCGAAGAACCUCUGGGGUCAAAGCAACGACCAACUGACCGACCCCAUUGCAGAGCAACGUGCAAAGGAGCUAGCAAAGGACAUGGACCUGGCCUCUGUACGGUUGUGCUUUCAGGCGUUUUUACCAGAUAGCAACGGGCAUUUUACACAACCUUUGCCGCCAGUCAUAUCUGUAGCUAUAUAUGAUAGUAAGGCACCAAAUGCAACCACUCUGAAAAUCUGUCGUAUGGACCGUACUUCUGGAUCAGCAGAGGGCGGUGAUGAAGUGUACAUGCUCUGCGAUAAGGUCCAGAAGGACGACAUUCAGGUGCGUUUCUUUGAGACAACUACUGACAAGAACGUCCACUGGGAAGGCUUUGCUGAUUUUGGACCGACAGAUGUUCACAGACAGUACGCCAUAGUUUUCAAGACACCACGGUACAAAACCGGUGAAAUUACGAAACCAGUUCAUGUACAUUUGCAGCUCAUGCGUCGAUCAACUAAAGAAAAAAGUGAACCAAAACCUUUCUGCUACUUCCCAAGACCAUUUGACAAAGAUGAAAUCAACAAAAAGAGGCAGAAGUUGCUACCUCAUUUCUCUGCGCAUUUUGGGCCAAUGGGUCAACGAUUCCCAAGUGGUGGUGGUGGCAGUGGUGGCGGCACAAGUGGAGAUGGAGGAGCUUUUCAAUAUGGUCACUCGGGUAACGUCCAGCAGUCGUAUUCCUUCAAUCAGUCAUCCGUUACCAUGAAAACAACGGCAAACAGUCCAAUGCAGACUCACACAGCCAAUGGCCAAAUACAAGCUCGCACCACAAACAGCCCAAUGCAAGGCCAGCUGGCAACUGUUAAUGGUGCAGGAAUUCAUGACAGACAACCAUCGCCGUUCAACCCGUCAUCUCAAACUGUUUAUCAGCCCAAUUUACCCAAUAUUUCUGCAAGUCAGAUGCAACAUCAACCAAAUCACAUAAUCCAGGCCCAGAAUCUGCAACCUGUCCAACAGAAUUACACCUUCCCACAAUCCAUGCAGCAACAACCGCAGCAGCAGCAGCAGCAGCAACAACAACCGCAGGUGCCUAUGCAUUUUCAAGGCUUCAUUCCCAGAGCUGCUAGCCCUAAGGAGAUAGAUACUUCAAAGCUGAUAUCUAGAGGGCCUAAACCAGCUACUAGUGAAGGUGCAAUGCUGAUCUCUAGAGGACUUAAGAAGCCAAGUAACUCUUCAGGCAUGGACAUGGACAGUGGAGACAGUGACAUAGAAACAGACUCUGCUCCAGCUAUUAAGCCUUCGUUUAUACAUUCCAAGGACAUUACGUCUGUGUCAGAUGAGGUGAAAAAAUUCUACCAACAUUGUGCUGUGCAAACAGAUGCCGAGUCUGACAGGCUGUUCGCACUGGCCAAGAAUACCUCCAGGGCGCUCUACGACUACUCAAUCACAGGCGACGUAAAGAUGAUGUUAGCGGUGCAGCGCCACCUAAUGGCUGUUCAGGACGACUUUGGUGACACAUGUUUACAUAUGUCAAUUAUUCAUCAGGAGUAUGAGGUGACAAAAUCAUUGUUAACCAUUAUUGCGUCGAUGCCUAAUCAGGAUAUUAUCAACAUGCCUAACGAUCUUAGACAGACACCUUUACAUCUGGCCGUGAUCACAAACCGACCGAAAACAGUUGAGCUGUUAAUGGACAAAGGAGCUGACCCAGACAUCGUGGACCAACAUGGAAACACAGCGUUACAUCUCGCAGUCCAGCAUAGCAGCAUCAACUCUGUGUACGCCCUCCUUCAUGACUCGAAGCAACCAGCGACCUCAGCAAGGAAACAACCAGAUGUCAAUACUGUCAACAAUGAUGGUUAUGCUCCUAUCCAUCUUGCCUGUAAAAAUGGAAGUCUGAAGUCCUUGAAAGCCCUCUGUCAUGCACACUGUAAUAUCGACAUACAGGAUGGAACAAGUGGAUACACACCAUUACAUUUCGCUGUAGAAAAUCAAGACUUUGGAAUUCUGGGAUAUCUUCUGCUUGACACAAACGCCAACGUUCACGAAGUCACGUUCAAUGGAAACACUCCCUUACAUCUGGCCGCAGGACGAAACCUUGUUGCUGUGGCAGCACUGCUCUUAGCCUCUCAUGCUGAUCCUCUUAAAGAGAAUUAUGACACAUACAUAGACAGCUCUGAUUCGUCGGAUGAUGAGGAUGAGGAAGGCUCGAAGAGGUCAGCCAUGGAUAUCAGUGAUGAUGACAUUUGUGGAAAGACACCAUUGGAUUUGGCAUCAACUGAUGAGAUGAGACGCUUGUUGAAUGGUGAACCCUACAUUAAGAGCCCAUCCAAUAAGUCUGCAGAGUUUGAGUUCAAGCUAGGUUUGGAGCUUUCAGACACCUAUGAUUCCUUCAAGAUUGACUCAAGCAUGACAUCCCUUUGUGAUCCUAUAACGCUGGAUAAGCUAGCCCGACUACUUGACCAGAAUGAGACAUGGGCUGAUGUGGCAAAUAGGGUUGGUCUUGGGAACAUCAUCAGCUGGCUUAAACAGGCUGGUAGCCCAACUAGAGAUUUACUAUACCAUUUUGAGAGAAUUGAUGGUACAAUGGAAGAAUUGAAACAGACUCUGACCGUUAUGGGUAGGACAGACGCUGUUGAGAUUAUUGACGACAGGUCACUGACAUUCGUCGGAUCAUCUCUUAGACCAUCGGUGAAAGACUCGCGUCUCGACUCAGUGAAGGAUUCUGGGAUAUCAGAAGAUCUUGUAGAGACUUUGAGAUCCAUGUCAGUGAAGGCAAAUUAGGUCAAAAUUUGUAUUUGGAGGUUGUGUUGCCAUCUCGCAGACAUUUCUGCUCGUUCUAAUCCCUGCCCUAUCUUUCUUCAUGUAGAAGCUUUGGAAAUUGUCUAUUUGUGUGUGGAUGUUAUAAUAUGGCUUAUGAUAAUUUGCAUAUCAAUUUGCAUAAUAUGAAUAUUCAUUUCCAACAGAUGAGGAUGUUGUGCACAUAGCUUAGGUUGUGAAUGUUAAUAAUUUGCACAGUAUGGUCAUUUACAUAUUAAUUUAAUUUGUUAUUCAAUUGGCCUCUAUAGUCAUUUGCUUAUAAAAUUGCGUAAUGUAAGAAUUUCCAUCUAAUUAGAUGAGGAUAUAUAAAUGGCCUUUUUUCAUUUGUAAAAAACAGUACAGUAUGUAUGAUGUAAGAGUUUUCAUGAGAUGUGAAUGUUACGUAAAUGGUUAUGGUCAUUUACUUAAUCAUUUGCAUAUAUUCAUUAGAAUGUGAGGAGAGUUUACAAUGGAUGAAGGUUGUAUAUAUGGCCAAUGGACCAUUUGCAUAAUUUAUGUGCAUGUCAAAACUUCCUUCAGAUAAUGAUUUGCAUAACCAUUUGUAUCAUUCACAUAGAAAAAGGAUUUCCAUUGGAUGAGGAGUAAAUAUAAAUAGUUUGGCUUCUAAACAUGACUGGCAGUGGAUUGGUUUCAAUCCUUUGAUGAAUUACAUCUAUGUAGCUAAAAUGUCUUAAUUCAUCUGAAAAAAAACAAAACGGGUGUUUUGGUGUUAGAAGCCUGAAAAUUUCAUUUUGUUGUAUUAAUAUUUUUAUAUUGCAGUUUAAUACUGUAACCUACUAUUUUGUAUACAUUGCUAAGAUUCAGAUAUUUCAAUACAAUAUGAUUCGUUGACAAUAAAUUGAUUUUUUUUUUGUAAUGAUGAUUUUUAUGAUUAUGAUGGAAGCAUGUGACGGAGCAUGUAUAGUGUCAGCUUUUAAUUAAGAAGUUGUGGGUUCAAGACUGACGCUAGUCACACUGCUUGUGUCCUAUCUAGAUUUGCCUCUCUUCACCCAGGAGUAAAAAAUGGGUUGGGUACCUGGUGAAUGAUUUGGAAUAAAAUUGGAAGUGCCGUACAUGUAUAAUUAGGAUUACUCUCCGCGGAGCGGAGGUUACACAUUUACAUUAUUGACUACAUCUAAUAACCAGGGCAAAUCUUCAUAUUGGACAAGAAAACACUAUAAUAGAUAAAAUAAAUAAUGAUGAAAUUUAUCAUUUAGUCUAUUAUUUAUAUCUUUUAAUCUUUUCAAGUUCUUCUUUGAUUGCUUUGUAAAUUGAUUUAUUUUGAAAUUCUUAAUUGGAGGGUCUUAGGCCAAAAUUUUUAGCAAAUUUGCUUGACUUUAAUGUACACAGAGUGUAAAUACAGCAAAUAGUUUCAGUGAGUUUAAUCACUGGUUUAGUUAAUAGUUAAAAAACUGUACAAUUCUUAAUCUUGAUGUACUGUAGUAUAUAGUGUGAUGAAUUAUCAACAGGUGAUUUACAAAAGUUUAAGGGAUGCUGAAAAUAUAUCCCACACCCCUUCCCUUCCCAAAAACCCGCUAAAUCAACUAAAUUAACAAAAAUGUACCAAUCCUGGUAUUGCUAUUCUUGUAAAUAGAAAGCCGUAGACGGUGCAGUGUAGCAGAAAUUUAAUGCCUUCUGUACUCAGAAGUCAAGAACUCGCAAUCCUUUCCAAACUCACGUUGUGUGCAUAUAAGAUUCUCAAAUAUUUAGAAUAGUGCUUUCCAUCGACUCAGAUUAAUUUUUUAAUGUUUGUGAGAUUUUUCUUGGCAGAUAGAACCACGCUAAAAAAUAACUAGAUUUGUAUGCUCUGACCCGUCUUGGCCAAAUUUCGUGUUUUUCAACAUGAGAAUACAGUCCACAUCUUUUCCUAUAAUAUGACUAUAUUCAUAAAUGAAUUUAGAUAAUUACCCACAUUUAAUGUGACUGUAAUAACUUGUAUAUAUUAUUGGAAUCAAUUGAGUAGAUGUAUUGUUUGGUGUAUUAACAUUUAUAGAUAUAUAGAUAUACUUAUUAACAAUGUCUCUCCUGUGUAAACAAACGUUUGUGCAGAUUUUUCUCAGAUUUAAAAAUAUUGGUUUAAUAUAUUCUCAUAAUUCGUAAAACACGUUUUUGUGAUUAUGUUUUUCUCUUGCUUAUUUAGACACAGGAAUGAAUUGUCAUGUGUGGAUAUUGGCUGGAAUGAUACUUUUAGAUGCUUUGCACACUAGAUUUGGUUGAGCUAUAUAGAUGGGGGUUGGGCUUAGUGUGUGUGGUACAUCAUUUUAUGUAGGUAACUUGUAUGGUUUGUCAUCAAAUGUUUCCUAUCCUCCAUAGCUCUUUAACAAUUUAUCCAGGGCCUUGCUACCUUCGUCUAGUGUGCUUUAUACAUUUAUUUAACGCGAUUUGAAGUUAGAUUUAAUAAAUACAAUUUUACUCAUG